AGGCUUCGGCUCACACGCACGCUGCCUCUGUUUGUACACAGUGCACUCGCCGCCGCCGGCUCCCUCCCUGCCGGCUCACGCUUCAUUGUUCUCUAAGUCAGAAGCCCGGCAGCCUCGGAGGAGAGAGGGGCGCUAGCGGCUAGCCCAGUGUAGCCUGCGGUCCUCCAGCGCGGGUGCCCCAGAGCUGCCGGGCGCCCGCGCCCCGCCCUGCCCGCCCAGCCUCAGCCAGGACCCACUCGCAGCAGAGGCUGAGCCGCCAGCGGCGCCCUGGAGCUCGCCCACCUCCUGGCGCCGGAGCGCAGGCAAAAGGAGAACAGAGAUUCCUCUCUUUAGUCACCACUCUUUCUCACCCUCUUCAAGAAUUUGUUUAAGGAAGCGCUGCGGGAAGAAGACGUCUUUCUGCAUUCACUGUUGGGCGGGGUCUGCCGUUAUCCUGAGGUGCCACCUUAGAGACACUGCCCUCCGCUUCGACCCCUGACCAGUCCGGGUCACGUCCGGGAGAAGGGAUCAUGAAGCACUCGGUGGCCACUUGGCUCUUGGUCGGGCUCAGCCUCAGUGUCCCCCAAUUCUGCAAAGGUGAUAUUUGUGACCCCAAUCCAUGUGAAAAUGGAGGUAUCUGUUUGUCAGGAUUGUCUGAAGAUUCUUUUACCUGUGAGUGUCCAGAUGGCUUCACAGAUCCCAACUGUUCUAGUGUUGUGGAGGUUGCGUCAGAUGAGGAAGAACCAACUUCAGCAGGCCCCUGCAUUCCUAAUCCAUGCCAUAAUGGAGGAACCUGUGAAAUAAGUGAAGCAUACCGAGGGGACACAUUCAUAGGCUAUGUUUGUAAAUGUCCCCGAGGAUUCAAUGGGAUUCACUGUCAGCACAACAUAAAUGAAUGUGAAGCUGAGCCUUGCAAAAAUGGUGGAAUAUGUACAGACCUUGUUGCGAACUAUUCCUGUGAGUGCCCAGGUGAAUUCAUGGGAAGAAAUUGUCAAUACAAAUGCUCAGGGCCACUGGGAAUUGAAGGUGGAAUCAUAUCAAAUCAGCAAAUCACAGCUUCAUCUACUCACCGAGCUCUUUUUGGACUCCAGAAAUGGUAUCCCUACUAUGCACGUCUUAAUAAGAAGGGGCUUAUAAAUGCCUGGACAGCUGCAGAAAAUGACAGAUGGCCAUGGAUUCAGAUAAAUUUACAAAGAAAAAUGAGAGUUACUGGUGUGAUUACCCAAGGAGCCAAGAGGAUUGGAAGCCCAGAGUAUAUUAAAUCCUACAAAAUUGCCUAUAGUAAUGAUGGAAAGACCUGGGCAAUGUAUAAAGUGAAGGGCACCAAUGAAGAUGUGGUUUUCCGUGGAAAUGUCGAUAACAACACACCCUAUGCUAACUCCUUCACACCCCCCAUAAAAGCUCAGUAUGUAAGACUCUAUCCCCAAGUUUGUCGAAGACACUGCACUUUGAGAAUGGAACUUCUUGGAUGUGAACUAUCGGGUUGUUCUGAGCCUCUGGGGAUGAAAUCGGGACACAUACAAGACUAUCAGAUCACUGCCUCCAGCAUCUUCAGAACUCUCAAUAUGGACAUGUUCACUUGGGAGCCAAGGAAAGCUCGGCUGGACAAGCAGGGCAAAGUGAAUGCCUGGACCUCCGGCCACAAUGACCAGUCGCAAUGGUUACAGGUAGAUCUUCUGGUCCCUACCAAAGUGACUGGCAUCAUUACACAAGGCGCUAAAGAUUUUGGUCACGUACAGUUCGUAGGCUCCUACAAACUAGCUUAUAGCAAUGAUGGAGAACACUGGACUGUAUACCAGGACGAAAAACAAAGAAAAGAUAAGGUUUUCCAGGGCAAUUUUGACAAUGAUACCCACAGAAAAAACGUCAUCGACCCGCCCAUCUAUGCACGGCACAUAAGAAUCGUUCCUUGGUCCUGGUAUGGGAGGAUCACGCUGCGGUCAGAGCUGCUGGGCUGCACAGAGGAGGAAUGAGGAGACCGCACACCCCACAACCCUCUCUAUUUCCCUUCUCCCUAUCGCCAUGGAAUGAACUGUGCAAGAUCUGUAGGAAACUGAAUGGGGUUUUCAUGAAAAAGUGCUGAAAUUACGGUAGGCCACUAACUGUCUUUUUAAGGAGGUCUAAGCCUGCCUUUCCAAUGGUUUAAUUUUAUUUUUAUCAUUGAAGUUUCUUAAGCAGCAUCACAUUAACCGUAUAUUACUUUUCUCUUGGCUUUGUGAAUAAUUCACACUGGUUGAACUUUGUUAGGGAAAGAAAGUAGCACUCUUGUAAUAGCAAGAGUAAAAAAAUCUCAUAGUUAUCAAAUAAAGCAAGAGUUGAUAGAGCUUUUAUAAUCAAUUCUCAACCAAUUCUCAUAAAAGGAAUACUGCAAUGUUAGCAAUAAGGUGUUUUUUUUUUCUGUAGUGACUACAUUAUCCUAAUUGUUUCCUUGUGCCUACCACUAACGCGCUUCUAAUAGAAUUUUGAAGAAGAAUCUGUAACAUGCGGUACUAAUUGAUAUUAUAAUUCUCAUUUUACUUUUAUUAUUUUUAAUCAGAGAUUAUGUGAUCUUCUUUCCUUUUUGUCAUAUUUUAUAUUCUUUAUAUUGUAUAUUGCCUGAAUUUGUUUAUAUUUUUCCAGUUGAGUUUUUCCCUAUUAUUUGCCUUAAAGAAGUAUCAUGUUUGUUUAUAUAUAUGGAACAUGAUUGAAAAUCGGUAGAUUGAUCAUAAUUAAUAUCAGUAGAUUAAAUCUGCAAUUAUAUUUUUGAAGGAAGCUAUAACUAUAUAAUUUCCAAAUACUUCCUCUAUAAAGAACCCAGUACUACCAUUUUGCUAAAUAAACAACAACGAAAUUGUAUUAUGCUUCUUUAAACCGAAAUUUCAAUCUUCAUUUUGAUGGUAUUUAAUAGCCUAUCUUUGCUAUAACAUAAUAGAACAGUAAAUUCUUUGUUUGUCUAUUUAAAAUUUUUUAACAAACAGAUAUUAACACAUAGCUGCAUAGCUUGGCCAAGCAUACUCACCAUUUCUUUGUUCAUCUCUGCAUUUCCUGUGAAACUAAAAUUUCCUGAAGAUUUGAAACUGGUAGUGAUUUCCCAGGAAAGCACCUUGUGGAGUUAUUUGUAAGAAGAAAAGUAUUUACUAAUGACAAACUUGUAAACCAUUUCCAAGAUGAAAAUUGAUUCUUUUGCUUCAAAGGGCCUGCUACAAUAAGAAAUCAUCAUAACAAUUUGUUAUUGAUAAUGGAGAUCUCAUUGACAUGUUCCUCAAGUCAAAGCUCACACUGCCUCCAUAAAAGUCCUCAACAUCUAAUUAUAAGCAUUACACUUAUUUAUUUUAUAAGGCUUAGACACAGAAUAUUGGAGUUUUAAAUUAAGCGUCCUGGAAAAGAAAAUACGGUAUGUAUACGAAAUGUUGAGGUCCUGUGCAACACUGCUAAGUUUUUUUUUUUUUCUUUUAUUAUUUGCGCUGCAAAACAAAAGCCACUAGACUGUUACUGUCUUGUCUGUCUAUGUGUUAUUAGCAUUCCUUAAUGAUGUAUAUAUGGAGUGGUCUUCAAUUGCAGUGAAGAAUUUAAAGAGAAAGUCAAUCAUAAUGGUAUUUUUAACAAGAGCAAAAUUAGGACUGUCUGGACACGUAUUUGUCCUAUGUCCACGUGCUUCCUAUGUCAGGCCUUAAUAUGAAAUUGUUGAUUUAAAGCAUCUGAAAUGGUGGUAGUUCUCAGCAUCUUUCAAAAAAAAAAAAAAAAAUGCCGUAACCUCAGUACUGUCUUUUUGAGAUAACUUUAAAAUUAGGAAUUCAAGUAUUUUUAAUUUGCUAAAUUUUAAAGUGAUGUUCAAAUAAUUACUUAGGGCCAAAAGUAUACACACACUUACUGUUUAGCUAGUAGCCCUUGCUUCUUUAAAGACUUACUAUCCCACCAAAUUUCUAGUUGUUUUCCUUUAUAGAUUAAUGCACAAUUCUUCAUUCUUAACAGAGUGUUUUUAAAUUUUUGAGUAAUUCUUUGUAAUGAUUUAGCUUUUCAAAAUCAUUCAUGGCUUCUUAUGAUGAUUUAAAUGUUAUUCUAUUGAUAGUUUUUUAAACAAAUAUUUUUUAAAAGGAGUUUCUGAAAAUUAUAUUUGUUACCUUUUAGAAAUACAUUGAAAUAGAUUUCUCUUGCAUGUGCAUUUUUCUCUCUGCUCUAAAUGCUCUUCACCAACAUGGCACGAUGAAUUUGUCCUACGGUGCCCCAAAUUCAUGGCAAUAAAGGGAUUCCCACACAUGGAAAUGUUAAUAAUUAUUGCAGAGUAGUAUGUAGCUUUUGUGUCACUAUUAACAGUGACAUCAAAAUGAAGCAAACUUCUCUUUAAAUUCACACUAAAACAAGUAAAACCUCAUAAGCAGAAUACACAAAAGAAUCACCUAAUCUUCACCAUAUUGAAUAACUAAGUAUAAGAUGCUGAUUUUGUAACCUAUGAUAUUUAAAAUUUUAAAUAUCUCCAUUUUAUCUGUCUUAUUGAAAGCAUUUAUCAUAGUCACUAAUUCCAAUUUUAGGGUUGACUUUCUCUUUCUGAAUGACUUCAUAAGGAUUGGUGUGAAUUUUGAAGACUUAGGGUAUUAAUGAUUGUAUCUUUGCUAGUCAACAAAUUAUGAAAUAUAAUACUGCUGGCGUCUGAUGUGUCAGUAAGUACAAAAGUAACUAAGACACAAAUAACCUUUGCAAACUUUCAAACUGUGUAAUAUUCCAAUGUUGUUGUUUUUUUUUCUUUGUAUAUAUACUCAAAUCAUGUAGGAUGUUGUAAAAUCAGUAUGACCUUGUCUAGUCUUCAAACUUAAAAUAAAACUUUUGAAAAUCUGGGUACUUUUGAA